AUGUGGGUGAAACAGUCCGUGAACAAUUUUCCAAAUUCCCAGCAGUUGGCUAGCUUUUGGUUGCAUUUGCUAACUGAGCUUCGAUUCGGCACAGUUUUGUACUACAAGGCCGACGAGUGUGAGUGCUGGAUUGAAAAGUUACUGAGAAGUAACGUAACCGCAGCAACUUUGGUAUGGAGCGAUUUGUAUUAUAGGCCCUUUUUAAAGGAAGAGCAGAAUGCAAAUAUUCUUGGGUUGGUGUGCUUGGACGCUGACUCGUAUAACACUGUGCUCAACGCGCUGAGUGUGAUGCUGAACCAGAUGAGGGAGGUGCCGCUCCUGCUACAGCUUUGCGACAAGGAUUCGAGUCCAGUCGAGCUGCAGCUGCAACUGAGUCGAGAUAUUCUUAAGAAAUGCCAGGAUUUGCUUAUUCCGAACGCGUUGCUUAUGUUCGGCGAUUUCUUUAGGACAGGCGCCUUUUAUGGAUAUCGGAUGUUUCCCACAUUCGGAUUACUAUCGCAGGUCUACAGUGCCACAUCGCCCCUCUAUCCCAAUAAGCUGGCCAACCUACAGGGGCAGAUUUUAAGGACACGACCCGAUCUAUCGCAGCCGUAUGUAGUUAUGUACAAGGAUCGCAAUGGGAAUGCGGUAACUAGUGGUAUGCUCUGGCGGAUCUUGAGCGUCUUUGCACAAAAAUUGAAUGCCACACUAGAGCUGAGCUUGGAUCCCACUUCGAGCCAAGUCAACUCCAUAAAGAGCGGUUAUUUCAAGCUUUUGGAGCAAAUACAAAACGACGAAAUCGACAUCACCAUCAGUAUCUACCCGAUGAUUAUGUCGUCGAGAAGACACAUUGCAAUGUUCAGCACUCCCGUUGCCGUUAGAGGCUUAUGCACGAUGCUGCCAGUUGAGCGUAUGCUGAGUCCUCGUGCGGCCAUCCGAGGAGUGCUGGAGUCACCCUGGAUGUGGGUCUACAUAGCCAUUAUUUACUGUUUGACACGAUGGAUACGUAAACGUCGACUGCUAGGCAGAGCCCUUCUGAUCUUAAUCCCCUCACUGAUUCAACUCACGCUGCUCUGCACGGUGGUGGCGCAGCUUUCGGCCCUCUUUAUUCAUCCCCAACGACUUCAAUUCAUCUCCACUUUGGACCAACUGCAGGCAGCUGGAUUACGGAUAGUUGGAUUGCAUUCCAGCUUCAAUCAGUAUCCCGAGGAGAUGCGAAUCAAGUACGCAUCGAGCUUCAUAUCAUACGAGAACAUGACCAAAUUUGUAUUGCUGCGGAAUAGUCUGAAUACCUCGUAUGGUUACACGGUCUACGGCCUCAAAUGGCACUUCUAUGCGGAACUGCAGAGCUACUUCAAGCGACCCUUGUUUCGGUACUCCACAGAUAUUUGUAUAUUUCGACAGUCACUCAACUCGUUAUUGUUUCGCGAAAACUUUUUGCAUCGCCAUCAAUUGAAUUUGUAUAUCGUUCGUUUGCGUCAAAGCGGAAUUCUUAACUUUUAUAUGAGGCACAAUUUUUACGAUUUACUGCACGCGGGCCAACACAAACUGGAGGACUUGAGUCCACAGAAUGAAAUAACACCACUGAAGUACACUGAUAUAGAUUUUAUACUGCGGCUAUAUGGCUACGCAAUGGCCGCAUCAAUACUGAUAUUUGUCUUUGAGUUACUUUCGUACUAUAUCAAUGUUUGCCUAAACACAUUGUAGAAGUUUGAGCCGAAGCAAAUAAUUAACGUAAUAUUUCUAAUCUGAAUAGCGGUUGCUUCAAUACUCUUCUGCA